CAAAGGCAAAUUUUCAAAUGUAAUGAUAAAUUCCGAUGUUGUCAAACGUAAAAACAGAUUCCAAUUUCAAUUUAUGGGAAUAAAAAAUCAGUUGAUGGUCAUUGCAAAGUGUGUUUAAAGUUGGUAAGAAGCGAGCUGUUUUGUUCCAGUAUAAGGUUAAAAGACAAAGUUGUCUGGUUUCCCGAUCAAAGAAGAUGCAUUUUCAAAUACUGUUGCUGCUUGUGAUUUCUGUAAAUAUAAAUGGAGAAAUACUUCGUCUGCCAUGCAAGAUCUUUGCCAAUUUUACUGCUGUGCUUCAUGAUCAAUCACUUAGUUCUACAUUUUGUUCUUUGGACAACUUGGAUGAGCAGAUGUGUAAGUUUGAAUGCAUCAUGGAGCAUCGAUGCAAGUCUAUAAAUUUAAACAGAGAGUUGGGUAUUUGCCAGUUGAAUAGCAAAUCAGCACAGGAUCCAAAAGAUUUCAUUAAAACGCAAAAAAAGGAGGGUUGGACAUAUUAUUCAACCCGUUUUGAAGAGAAAAAUGUUGGUCAGUAUUGCCAAGCAAAUGAUCCUUGCAGCGCCGGACAUAAAUGCAUUGACACUUGCUACUGCCCAGGGUAUAAAUGCAUUGCGGAAAAUUUGGCAUAUAAAAGGCCGUCCUCACAUUCAUCCGCCAUAGAAUAUGGUGGAAUUACAUUUGUUGCCAGCUUUGGAAAUGACAGUGACAGAACUGGGGAAUGGCAGCGAUGCAGUAUCACAAAAGCUGACAUAGUACCCUGGUGGCAAGUGGACCUUACAAGGCAAGCCGCAGUCACAAGUAUCCAAAUAAAAAACGGCGCAACUUGGGAGCAAGAUAAAAUCAAUCCAUUCAAUAUCAGUGUUGGGGAUGAUAGUUCAAAUGGUGGACGAAACAAUGCACUGUGUGUGAAAGAUGGAAGGUUGGAAAUCGGUGAAUUAAAAAAGUUCGAUUGUCCACAGGUCCUGAUGGGUCGUUACGUCAGUAUCUUUUUGAAUAGGCAAGAAUAUCUUCAAGUAUGCGAGGUUGAGGUUUAUGAAGAUGUAUUCUGAAACAAAGCUUGAUAAAUCUAUAUUUAUUCUCCACUGUCUGGCCAGCACGAAUGCAUUGGAAGAGAAAUGUAAUAUAUCUGCUACAAUCAGCAAAAGAGGACAUUAAAAAUGCACGAAGAUUUCAUGUUAUAUGUUUGAAUUCUCUGUACCGCAAAGUUUGGAAAUGGCAUGAAAUAUUGUAAACAUAGCACGCUGAGGUACCUUUCGUCUGACACUCUUCACCCAAAUAGACAAUAGUGAAAGUUAUCACUAAAUCUUAACUUGCUGCAUCUCGCCCUUAAAAUUUUGAUGGAAAUGAGCCAUCUUCUUUUCAUCUAGGUGUUUUGGAAUCAAAGCAAAAGGAUCCCAGCUUGUUUCGACAGCAAAAGUUCGCUUUCUCUCUUUGGCAAUUCACG